CCGCUGAACGGGAGCGCGGAGCCGCCCGCCCGCUGUGUCUGCUACGGGCUAGGCCGGUUCAGCGAUUGCCCCGUCGCCCGGGCACAGCUGGCGUUCCUGCUGCUGCUGCUGGAGGAGCUGGGGGGGCCCCCCGGUCAGUGCUCCCUCUUCGACCCCGCCUUCGCCGCCGCGGAGGUGGCAGCGCUGGGGCAACUGGGGCUGCAGCUGCUCCCGGACAACGAGGAAGGGAAGCACGGCGUGGGGGGCUCGGCCACGCUGUUCUACAUGGUGCACUGCGGGAAGGCCCUGUACAACAACCUGCUCUGGAGGAACUGGUCGGCAGGGGCCCUCUCCAAAAUGGUCAUCGUGGGGAACAGCUUCAGGGGCAUUGAGGAGAGACUGUUGUCAAGAAUACUGGAGAGAGAUUAUUCUUACAUAGCAAAGGUCUUGAAAGGGACAGAGGAGGCGGCGCUCCCCACUCACCCUCGGUACCUGGACACCUUCAACGACACCUCUGUCCACUGGUUUCCCUUGCAAAAACUGAAGGAACUCUCCCCUGAGGUCUGGGACUGCGUGGAGGAGCCGACAUACCAAGAAUGUGAGGACUUGGAGAUCAUCAGAAAGGAGGAGAGCGCAGAGCAGCGCAGUCCCACUGCUGCCAGGUCCUGA